AUGUCACUCCCAAUUGAACAACAAUCGCCGCCGGCGGCGGAAAUGCAGCAAAAUUAUGGCGGCCAUCCGGGCAGCGGCUCUGUUGGUCCGGUUAUCGGAGUCCUCGUCGUCAUCAUUGUGUUCGCCGUGGUCGCCGUCGUGGUCGGGCGGCUGUGCUCAGGAAGGAGCAUAAUGGGUUACGGCCAUUUCGACUUGGAGAGCUGGGCGGAGACAAAAUGCUCCUCUUGCAUCGACGGAAGGAUCAGCCCACCACCGCCGAGGGUUGAUGGUUGCGCCGCCGCCGCCUCUCUUCCCGCGGGGACAAUGGCGGCCCGACCCCAGCAAGAAACCAAGCAAGAACAAGAAGAACCAGCUUCUCAAAAUCCACCUGCCAACGCUUGA